AUGAGUGCGCCCAAGGCGGUGUUCGUGGCAGGUAGCGACGGCGCGUACGGAUACGGGGGCGAAAGGACGCUGCGGGUCGACGAUAUGCGCUUGAACGAGUUCCCUCACAUGCAAGGGAGCGUAUACUUGGACCACGCAGGCGCAACGAUGUACUCGAAGACACAGCUAGACGCAGCGUUCCAGGAGCUCCAAAGCGGAUUGUUCGCCAACCCGCACAGCUCAAUAGGUGACGUCCAGGUGGAGUCGACAAAUGUCAAGAUUGACAGCGUACGACGCCAAGUGUUAGCAUUUUUCUCGGCGAGUGAGGAGGAGUACUCGCUGAUCUUCACGUCGGGAGCGACUGCGGCGCUGAAGCUGGUUGGAGAGAGCUUCCCAUGGACCAAGGAGAGCGUGUUUGCUUAUUCCAUGGAUUCACACACGAGUGUGCUUGGGAUUCGAGGUUAUGCAGCAGCCAAAGGGUCGUCGAUAAAUUGCACCAGUUCCAUGAGUUUAUUUGCCUUUCCCGCGGAGUGCAAUUUUAGUGGGGUGCGGCAUUCACUUGAUCUUUACGUGGCGACUCAUCGACUUAAUCUCUCAACGUAUCACCCGGACUUCGUUGUACUUUCAUUCUACAAGAUUUUUGGUUAUCCGACUGGGUUGGGCGCCUUAAUCGUCCGAAAGGAUGUGCUGUCACUGUUGAAAAGGGAAUACCAAGGCGGGAACACAGUUCAGAGCAUCUUGGCAGGUCGAAACUACACCGUACCGCGAAGACUCGACGGCAGCGGCGAUGUAAGUGCACGUUUUGCUGAUGGCACGCAGUCCUUCCUGUCGAUACUUGCUCUACGUCACGGGAUUGAACAAAUAGAAAGGCUUGGCAUGGCAAGUAUUUCAGGUCACACAGCAGCACUACGGGCGCUGCUUGUUGGCAAGCUCAUUGGCUUAAAGCACUGGAAUGGACGCCCGGUGUGCGAGAUUUACGGCAAGACGAAUUCAGAACAACAGGGACCGAUCGUCGCGUGCAACUACCUUCGCGCAGACGGUAGCUACGUCGGAUACAGCGAAGUCUAUAAGCUCACGGAAAUUCACAAUAUUCACCUGCGGACAGGCUGCUUCUGCAAUCCAGGAGCGUGUCAGCAUUACCUCGGCUUGAAAGAGUCCGACUUGGUGUCGAAUAUUGCUGCAGGUCAUGUGUGCGGAGAUGGCAUUGACGUGGUAAAUGGUCUGCCCACUGGUGCUGUUCGCUUGUCUCUAGGAUAUAUGACGACGUUUGAGGAUAUCGAAGCGUUUAUGGCGUUCACGUCCAAGUACUUCGUGUGCAGGACGGCGCCAACAGAGGUGACCCCUAGCGUUCAUCUCUGCAAGCUCACAUUAUUCCCAAUCAAAUCUUGCUCCGGUAUGGUCGUCAACGCGUGGCCUGUUGGGUCGAGGGGUCUGCUAUUUGAUCGAGAAUUCGCGAUCGUGGAUGUGUUCACGGGCAAUGCUUUGACGUUGAAGACAUUGCCAGAGCUGUGUUUCUUGCACCCCAUCAUCGACCUCGGACGCGAGACACUGACGAUUUCGUAUCGCAAACCCGACGGCUUGGAGUCCGAACGAACAAUAACGAUGCCGUCAACUUCCGAAUCUCCUCCAUCAUUGUCGUUUACAAUCGCCAUGCAUGCUAAUAUCUCCACGGCUAAACACCAAGAUGAAGAUAGUCUCAGCAGGCUGCGUGUUUGCACGGAUAACUGUCAGGGGCGCGACGUCGGUACCGACGUCUCUCGAUGGCUCAGCUUGUGCCUUGGUCGGCAAUGCGCACUCGUGCGAGCCCAGUACCUGCUCAUAUCUCGCCAGAGCAUCGCACACUUCAACGCGGUGCUCGGGUCUGUCGAUAGUUCCAUGAGCAUCAAUGAGGACGCGUUCCGUGCAAAUCUGAUCGUGGAUGGAUGCACCGAGUCCUUUGAGGAGGACAAAUGGAUGCACUUGCGUAUUGGCAGCACCGACUUCGACGUCUCAGGCCCAUGCCGCCGCUGUAGUGUCAUCAACUUGGACCCGCACACAGGCGCGUUCCGCCGACAGCCUCUCCAGGUGUUAUCCAGUUUCCGACGACAACUCAGCAGCAUCUUCUUCGGCCAAUUCCUCACUGGGACACCGCCAGCUGCUGGUGAGACCGUGUGGCUCCGUAUCGGCGACCAAGUUGAAAAAAAUUGCAUAGGAUAA